UUCUUCCUUCUUUUUGAGAAGUAGUGGUGUGCUGUCUUGCUCAUUGAUGAUUUUUUUCCAGUUCUCCUAUAUCUAUUUAUUCUUAACAUAAAAUUUUUAUUUCCCCUUUUCUCAUGGAUAAUUCUGCUGAAUCUCCUGUGUAUGUUUUGCCUCUAAUUUAUUAUCUGCAGUGCCCUUUUAAUGAAAUUAAUUGUGUUGAUUGGUGAGUGUCUUGAAAUGCACUUAUGUCCCCAUCAAUUUUAAGAGAGUAGUUUUCUUUGUAUAGCAAUAUGCUUGGUGGUGUUUUUUUUUUUUUUCCAAGCUUCAAACUUCAAAUGUCUUCCCAUGCUCUCCUGUUUUUCGGAUCACUGACCUGACAUCUGGUAGAAUUCUGUUGCUUGCAUGUUUUCCUAUGUUUUGACAUUGUUCUUUAACAGCUUUUGAUAUUAAUUUUAAUCUUUUCCUUUUUGACUCCUUGACUUGAAAGGGAAGCAAGCUCUCUAUUCAUUGUUUCUGAAAGAGAAACUCAAGGAAGACAAACAGUAAGAAUGGCUGAUUCUCCAGUAAAUAUGUCACAGAUUUCUUUUUAAUAACAAAUACAGGAGAAUUCCAAUGGCUGAUUGAGUCUUCAAUAUGCUGAGCAUUUAGCUGCUCCUGUGCCAGCUGUUCCAAGGCCUACAGUUUCUCUGUUGUUAAAGGUCAUUGCUUAACCCAUACAGGUCUGUCAACUAUUUUAAAGGGUCUGUUGACAUUCGGGGAUGUAGCUGUGGACUUCCUCCAGGAGGAGUGGGAGUACCUGGACUCUGCCCAGAGAGCUUUGUAUAUUGAUGUAAUGUUGGAAAAUUAUAACAACCUGGUCUCUGUGGAGAACUAUUGCAAAUGUGAUCCUGCUCGUCAACAUAUGAAUACAGAAAAGAAGUCAUGUCAGUCUAAUGAGCUUAGCAAAGUCCUUCAUGACCCCUCUACAUGUGCACUUAAAAAUACAAGUGAAACUACACAAAACGGUAAUAACUGCAGAUGCAGUAAUCACAGUGAUGCCUCUGUUGACUCAUCAAACCUAGAUAGACAUGACAGCAUGCACACUGGAGAAGAACCUUGCAAAUCUAGAGGCUGUGAGGAAUCUUUAAAUAUGUGUUCUAGCAUUACUCAAGCUCAGAGACUCUACGCUGUAAAGAAAGACAACAGGCAGGAAGAAUAUGAUGAUCAUUUCAGCUCUGCAUACAGUCUUUUGCAACAACCAAUCUACAUUGGAGAGACACCCCACCAAUGUGCAAAAUGCAGGAAAUGCUUCAGUAGUGCCUCAUGCCUCACAGUACAUGAGAGAAUUCAUACUGGAAUUAAACCCUACAAGUGCAAUGUUUGUGAAAAGUCCUUUACUCAGUGGUCAAGUCUUAAAACACAUCAAAGACUUCAUACUGGGGAGAAACCUUACAAAUGCAAAGAAUGUGGAAAGUCAUUUCCUCAAUUAUCAGCAUUUAAUAGCCAUCAGAAAAGGCAUACUGGAGAGAAACCUUACAAAUGUAAGGAAUGUGACAAAUCCUUUGCCCACUAUUCCAAUUUCAAGAGACAUCAGAAAAUCCAUACUGCUAGAAGACAGUAUACUUGUCAAGAAUGUGGCAAAGUCUUUCAUCAAUUUUCACACUUUAAAAGCCAUUACAGACUCCACACUGGAAAGAAGCUUUACAAAUGCAAUGACUGUGAGAGAUCCUUUCCCCAUUGUUCAUCACUGAGCAGGCAUAGGAAAACUCAUUCUCUAGAGAAGUUUCACAAGUGCAAAGACUGUGGUAAGUCCUAUUUUGUAUUAUCACACCUUAAGAGGCAUUACAGAAUCCAUACUGGUGAAAGGCCUUACAAAUGUGAGGUGUGCGACAAGUCCUUUACUUGGAAAUCAAAUCUUAGAACACAUCAGAGAGUUCAUACUGGGGAGAAACCUUACAAAUGUAUGGAAUGUGACAAGUCCUUUACCAAACAUUCAGACCUUAAAAGACAUCAGAAUGUUCACACUGGGGAGAAACCACACAAAUGUAUGAAAUGUGAGAAAUCCUUUACCCAGUACUCACACCUUAGAACACAUCAGAGAGUUCAUACUGGAGAGAGACCUUACAGUUGUCAGAAAUGUGACAAGUCUUUUUCUCACUCUUCUGGUUUAAGGAGACAUCAGAAAAUCCAUAAUGGAGAAAAACGACACAAAACCAAAGACUGACAUAUUCUUUAAACAGAAUUUGAAUCUUAGAAGACAUUAGAAAAUUCAUACUGGAAAUUCAUACUGGAGAGAAACACACCAUUGUAAAUAAUGUGACCUAACAUUUUCCUGGUAUUUUUCACUUAAAAAUCACAACAGAAAACAUACAAAAUAGAAACAUAAAGAUAAGAAAAUUGUGAAAGUCUUUUUUAUUAUUUUUAGUCUUAUACUACAGAAAUUGGAAGUUUAUUUUCUAUAAUGUACCUUUUUCAUAAUGAUAUCUUCAUCUUCAUAGAAUAUGUACCACAUGAUCCCAUUCCAUUUGAAUGUAGACAGUGGUAGUAUAAAGUUAACAUCAACCAUUUUUUCAUAAUAAAAUAAUUCUUUAGCCUGGCAUGGUAGUCUGUACAGGCACAUAAUCGUAGCACUUGGGAGGUGGAAGCAGAAGGAUCAGGAGUUCAAGGCCAGCCUUAGCUAUGUAGUAAGUUCUCAGCCAGCCUGAACUGUAUGACAUACUUUUUCAUGAAGAUGAUUUUUUGACUGCCUGCCAGUAUCUGUCUGUCUGUCUGUCUGUAUUGUGAUUAUAUGCACCAAGAAUUAUUCUCUUAUCUCCCUUCUUCUCUCCUUGAAUGGCUUUUCUUUUUUGACUUUUACUGAUUCUUUUUUAUAAUAUAAAAUAAAUAUUUUUUAUUGUUUUUAUUGAGCUUUAUAUUUGUCUCCACUCCCUUCCCUACCUUUCCCUCUCAUUCUACCAUCUCCUGUGAUCCUCAAGCUCCCAAUUUACUCAGGAGAUCUUGUCUUUUUCUACUUCCCAUGUACAUUAGAUCCAUGUAUGUCUCUUUUAGGGUCCUCUUUGUUGUAUAGUUUCUCUGUGGUUGUGAUAUGUAGGCUGCUUUCCUUUGCUGUAUGUCUAAAAGCCACUUAUGAGUGAAUACAUAUUAUAUUUGUCUUUCUGGAUCUUGGUUACCUCCCUCAAUAUGGUGUUUCCUAGAUCCAUCCAUUUG